AUGGCCAAGUGGGGUGAAGGAGAUCCAAGGUGGAUUGUAGAAGAGAGACCUGAUGCUACAAAUAAGGAUAUAAUACGGGCUGCGUCGGUGUUUCUUCUGUCGGUGCGUUUGCUCGUCCAUCAGCGGCUAUUAUCCGCGCGGAUGUUCCCCGUAUUAAGAGGGACCAGCAGCGGGGGAUGCAAAAUAUCCAAGAAAGGAUGGGGACGGUGUAGUAGUUGUGGGAGUAAAGUUGAGUAUAGUAGUAUUAUAUAG